GGCUAUAGCAAGCGGAAUUAAUUUAGAAUUUCAAUUUCAAUUUCAAUUUAGAAAAGUGCAUUUUGUAUACUAUAUAAAUUCGUAUGUUUCAUUAAAUAAAUAAAUUCCAAAAAAAAAAAAUAAAAAUGGUUGUGCUUAGUAAGUUAUAUAGCGAAAGCUUACAAAAGAUGUGCUGCAAUGAAAUUAUACACUCGCGCGGUUGUACUGAUAAUCUAAUACAUCAGAUACCGAAAUAUAUACAGUCUAAUAUGAAGUAUUUUGCCGUAUUGACACUUUUGCCGCUAUUGCUGAAGAUAAAUAAGUUAAAUAGAAAAAUUGUGAAAGAUACUUUGACUUAUUAUGCUAAUACAGUAUUCUCUGGAUUUCAAUUAGCUGUCUUUAUUAAUAUACUAAUUUGCGCAUUUCGAAGACGUCCAGAACUCUUUGGACGUUAUAAUAUAAUGUUUCUACCAGUAUUUAUUAGUGGAUUAGCUAUACAUUUUUUUUGGGUUGCACCAAGAGUAAAGCAAUUAUUUGGAGCCAGCAUUUUGCAAGUGACUAUUGAUUCAGUAUGUUUGAGACGUGAAAAUGUUAUUACCCGAGCCAUUGCAAAUUCUAAAGGAGUUAGAACAUUAAUAUUUAUGUUUUGUAGUGCGAUUAUUCUCCAUGCCAAACAGAAAAAACUUUGUAAAACAUUUUGGAUCGUAACGCCAAAUGAACAACCCAUAAAGGAAUCAUCACCCGAGAUCGAAAAUAGCAAUAUACAGAUUUUCGAGAACGAAAAUAAUAAUAUACCGAAUUCACUAUGUAAUCACAAAACCAGCUGUAGGGCACAUGUUUUAACGGGUUUGCGAAAUUAUCUUACAAUUGGUCUUUCACUCGAUACCAUAAAAAUGGUGAUGAGCAGAAUUCCAAAAGAUGUACCUUAUAAUACAUUUAUUUCAAAACUUUGGGCUAAAUUAAAGAACUAUCAAUUUAAUACUACUGCAUUGUUAGCUGCAUCUGUAGGAAUAUACAGGCUGGUCAAUUGCCACUUGAAUCAUCUGUAUCCCCUCAAAAAAUACUUAACAAUAAAUCAUCUAGUCGCUAGUUUUCUAUGUGGUUCUGCUUACGUGUUUCUACCAAAACUUUCAUUACUAAGUUAUGGUUUAGUAAUAUGUAUUGAACUAUUUUGGGAACAAUUUAAAAGAAAAAAUUAUAAAGAACUACCAAAGAAUAUAGCAGAGAAUAAUAUAGUAAAAUUUGUAAAUAAAUCAACUUUAGGCUUAUUGUUAUUUCCACCAGCCGUUGCCUACCUGGUACACACCUAUGUAUAUCGUAAGCACUUCGUUAGUGCUUUGGGUGAAGAGAUCAUAAAUGGUCUAACACACGGCUAUGGAAAGCAAAUAAGCUUUAACAUUUCCCGCGCGGAACAACUUAUGGAGGCUGCAUUAAAAUAAUUUUUUACCACCUAUAGUAAUACAAUAUUAAUUUAAUUUAUUUUUUACAAUUGGGGCUUUUGAAAAGGAAUUUGAAGUAAUUUAAUU